UGACGGUCUGUGGGAUUGCCCUGUGUUUCUUUUCUGCAGAAUCUAAAUAUAAGUCGGUGACAAAUGGUCCAAAUACAGUAGCAACCCAACUGUGAUGUGGGGGUGGUGCUGAGAGAACGGCUCCGUCUCCAAAGUCCCCUCUGUUGGAUCCGGAGUCCGUCAGGAGAAGGUCGCAGAGAGUCUCAGCUCCCACCUGCACUUGAAUCAUUUCUCCCUCCCUGUUUUACUAUCAUGAAGAGACAAAACGCCAGGACUCUCGCCCUCAUCAUCAGCAUCCUCACCUACCUGGUGGUCGGAGCGGCCGUCUUCGAGACCCUGGAGUCGAAACAGGAGAAGAGUCACAAGAGGAAGCUCGACGCCAGAAAGUACGAACUCAUGCGCAAAUAUAACUUGACCAAAGAGAACUUCGAGGAGCUGGAGCACGUCGUUUUGCAGCUCAAACCUCACAAAGCAGGGGUCCAGUGGAAAUUUUCCGGGUCCUUUUACUUCGCCAUCACUGUGAUUACGACAAUCGGUUAUGGCCAUGCCGCGCCCAGCACCGACUCAGGGAAAGUGUUCUGCAUGUUCUAUGCCCUCCUGGGGAUCCCUCUCACCCUGGUCAUGUUCCAGAGCCUGGGUGAGCGGAUCAACACGUUCGUCAGGUACCUGCUGCACCAAGCCAAGAAGUGCCUGGGAAUGCGUCAGACCGAGGUCUCCAUGGCGAACAUGGUGACGGUGGGCUUCUUCUCUUGCAUGAGCACUCUGUGUGUGGGGGCCGUGGCGUUCUCCCACUGUGAGGGAUGGAGCUUCCUCCACGCGUUCUACUACUGCUUCAUCACGCUCACAACUAUCGGGUUCGGGGACUACGUGGCUCUGCAGAAGGACGACGCGCUGCAGAACGACCCACGGUAUGUGGCUUUCUGCUUUGUUUACAUCCUGAUGGGUCUCACGGUGAUUGGAGCGUUCCUGAACCUGGUGGUGCUUCGCUUCCUGACCAUGAACACCGAGGACGAGCGGAGGGACGCCAAACAGAAGGCCUUAAUGUCCGUCAGUAAGUCCAGAGCAGAGGUGGCUCAUCUAAUACCUGUCUCAGCCUCAACGUCCUCCACACCUGUAGCAGAUGACACUACGAAGGCUAAAGAUUUAAAAGGUGUCUACACUGAGGUGCUUCACUUCCAGACUAUAUGCUCCUGCUUGUGGUACAGGAGCAAGGAGAAGCUGCAGGGCUCCAUACCCACUAUGAUCCCUCAGGAGCUGACGUUCUCCGAUGCCUACUUGCAGCAGAACAGUAACUGCCCUCACUACAUGGAGCCUGGAUCAACAGGCUGCGUUUGCAGUCCACGUCAGUGCGCGAGCAUAAGCUCCAUAACAACAGGCCUACACAUUCUCUCUCCGUUCAGGGUGUUUAAGAGACGCAGCUCCGUCUAGCCUUUCAAUACAGCAGAUUUCAGUACAGCACAAUACGUCUAUACUGCCAAGUGGACAACAGAUUCUUGGCAGUCCUCACAGCAAAGACAUGACUGCAAGUAGAUGUUUGUGGUGCUAUAAUCCCAGUAAACCAACAGUAGGAGACGCAAAAGGGAAAAGCACAUACAGUACUGUAAACAGCAAAAUCUUACUCAAAUAUCUAUUUGAGACAGCAAAGCACCCAGUGUUUUGACUUGAGGUCUUAUUCAGGGGCGUUCUGUGUGCUUUGCAGAGUCAUUUAGGCAUGUAGGACGUCAUCUGGGUCACUGCACGUGAACACACGAACACGUUGCAGUGCAUCCAAUGUGACGCGUGCACAGUUUGUAAGAGAAUGCAGAACAGGUGCCGUAGGAGGCGCUUCAGGUCGAGUAGAUUGAGCAGUGGCACAAUAAAAUGACAAAACACAUUCACAGAAACAUCUUGCACAGCCCUGCAGUGAGCACCAGUUUUAUGUUUCUGUUAGUAACGUCAGAGAUGUUGAUUCGACUGAGGGUUUAUUUCCUAAAGUUGUCAUUUUUAGUGUUGUCAGUUGUUUGCCUCCGUUAGGCCCAUAUCCUGACGAUUUUCAGACGUUUCUCAUCACAGUGUUUGUGACUGAUGCAACACCAAUUCAGGCAGCUUUCUGGCCUCAUAUAAACUGCCUUAUGUGGCCCUAAAAAAAAAUAUUUAAACGAAUCGUGAUUGUCAGAACUUAUUGUCAGAACUUUAUUAAAGCUGACGCAUACUGAUAACUUCAUAUGACUCACACGUGUAGUUGCCUCUGUUAUUGUGAUUUUCAGUGCUCUCUGCCCAAAUUGCUGGUGCAUCAGUCAAAACCACGGCUGAAUUACGUAACGUCACAAGUGGAAGAGUUCAAAAAACCACGAUGACGUAUCCCAAACACGGUAAAACUGCAUUAGCAACCAAGUACAGCGAUCACAAGUAGACACUCACCAGCACUGACUGAAACACACUUAACUGGAUCUGUUUGACAACACUACAAAGCACUGAUUUAAAAAUGACCAUCAGGCUAAAUCAACAGCUCUGACAGUCUCAACAAAAAUUGAACAUGAUGAGCUACACCAGCCUGGUACUUACUGCAGGGCUACUGCAGCGUCGCAGCUGCUGGCUGGUUACAUUCGUCUCUGCUGGGUCCGGAGGUCAGUCCGGAGCAUGUACUGGUCUGCUUCGUGGAGUCCUCCAGGUACCAGAGC